AGCCCUGCCACUCGCUGAUGCUCCCCUUCCAGAGACAGAGGAGAGGAGCAGGCGCCAUGGCGGCGGGGGGCGCCCUGAGGGGGCUGCUGCGCAGACGACUCUCCGUUUAUCAUGCUUCCGGUCUCAUCUCAAGGCCGUUGUCAGCACAGCCAGAGAAAGAGGGAGCCCCGCACAGCUAUGAGACCCUGAAGGUGGAACAGGUGCGGGACAAUGUGUUGCACGUGGAACUUAACCGGCCAGAGAAAAGGAACGCCAUGAACAUCGCCUUCUGGAGGGAGAUGGUAGAAUGCUUCAACAAGAUUGCACAGGACUCCGAAUGUCACGCAGUGGUGAUAUCCGGUGCUGGGAAGAUGUUCACUUCAGGCAUCGACCUGAUGGAGUUGGGCAGCACGUUCAUAAGGAUGGAAGGGGACGACACAGCCCGGAAAGCUUGGAACAUCCGCAAGAAAAUUCGGGAUUUUCAAGAGACCUUCAAUGUGCUGGAGAAGUGCCCAAAGCCUGUCAUUGCGGCUAUCCACGGGGCCUGCAUCGGAGGAGGUAUGAACCUCAUCACAGCCUGUGACAUCCGCUACUGUACCCAGGACACUUGGUUCCAGGUGAAGGAAGUGGAUAUUGGUCUGGCAGCUGAUGUUGGCGUCCUACAGCGCUUGCCGCAUGUCAUCGGGAACCGGAGCCUGGUGAAUGAGCUGGCUUUCACAGCCCGGAAGCUGAUGGCUCCAGAAGCAGAGAGCAGCGGCCUUGUCAGCCGAGUCUUCCAAGACAAAGAAACCAUGAUGCAGAGUGCCUUCGACUUGGCUGUCGAGAUCGCCUCCAAGAGCCCGGUGGCCGUGCAAGGCACCAAGGUCAACCUGGUCUACUCCCGGGACCACUCAGUGCCUGAUGCCCUGAAAUACAUGGCUUCCUGGAACAUGAGCAUGUUGCAAACGGACGAUAUCCUCAAGUCCGCUCAGGCCGUCAUGGAGAAGAAGACACCCAAGGAGGUUGUUUACUCCAAGCUGUAGCCACCCCCUCCUCCGAGGGAGGGCAGCCAGCCCCAGCAGAAAGCAGGCAGACCGGCCGGCCACCUCUCGCACGGACUGGACUCCAGGCCCUCGCCAGCGGAAGGGGCUCAAGUGCCCUUGGGCCACGGCCCAGCUAUGUGCACCAAGAAACAGCUCGACUCUGACUGUGCGGGAGAACAGAAACCUGGGCAGGGUUCUUUCUUUUUUUAUUUCUUUCCCAAUGAAUACUGCAGGGAAGGAUGAGAAAUAAAUACGUUCGAUACUCUG